AUGGACCGUUCAAUUUCUUUUCCAUCUUUACGAUGUUGUCGUUGUUUAGUGACUGGUGCGGCACGCGCGGGGAGGCUGCUAGCGAUCAUGGGAAGCAGCGGUGCUGGGAAAACGACACUUUUAAAUGUGCUAACUUCGAGAAAUCUGAGUGGAUUAUAUGUGACAGGAUCAGUAACUAUAGAUGGCCAAAGCAUGAAUAAAUGGAAACUCAGAGAGAUAUCUGCCUUUGUACAGCAAGAUGACAUGUUCGUGGGCACGAUAACAGUUCGAGAACAUCUGCAAUUCAUGGCAAGGUUGCGAAUGGGAUCGGGAUAUACGACUGCUGAGCAGAACUUUCGAGUCGAGUACGUGAUUCGAACGAUGGGACUCAUCGACUGUGCUGAAACACUAAUUGGUAUUCCCAAUACAGCGAAAAGCCUCUCCUGUGGAGAAAUGAAGCGACUCGCAUUUGCGACUGAGAUCUUAACGCGCCCCCAGAUCUUUUUCUGUGACGAACCGACCUCUGGGUUGGACGCAUUUAUGGCAGGACACGUCGUUGCCAGUCUUCGACGACUAGCCGACGAUGGAAUGACCGUCAUAAUCACAAUUCAUCAACCAAGCAGUCAAAUCUAUUCCUUCUUCAACGACAUAUGCCUCAUGGCUUGCGGUCGCAUUGUAUACCUUGGACCGAUUGAUGGAGCUAAUGCAUUGUUUGAAAGUUGUGGAUAUCCAUGCCCUAACUAUUUCAAUCCGGUCGAUCAUUUCAUCCGCACAAUUUCCGUUGUUAAUGGCCAACGAAACAUUUGCCUCAGAACAAUCUCGGUUACUCAUUCGAGAAGAUGGAUCACUGAGGAAGACCUGACUCGACACGAAGGCGAAGCUGCAACGUUGAGACAAAUAACAAGCACGAAGACGUCGAAACGUUAUUAUAAAGCCUCAUUUUGGACCCAGCUAAGGGCGCUGACGUGGAGGUGCUGGCUAACGAUGCUGAGGGAUCCGAUGGUGUUGAAGACGCGAAUCGUACAAACUGUGAUCUGUGCGAUUAUCACAGGAGUUGUUUAUUAUGAUACGGCCGUCACCUCGAACACGAUCGUCUCUAUAAAUGGUUUUCUAUUCAAUCAAGUACGGAAUCUGAACUUCAUGCUUCAGUUUCCUGCUGUUCCGGCAAUCACUACAGAGUUACCGAUCGUGUUACGUGAGAACUCCAACGGAGUCUACACCUCGACUUCGUACUUUGUGGGGAGAAAUCUGGCAGAAGUACGAUUACGUCUUCUUCCAAGCUUCUGGACAUUUUUCUGUGCGAUGAUCGUGUCUGUUCUGCUGACCAACGUUGCUACAUCAAUCUCGUAUGCAACAGCUACGACUUUCGGAACGACUACGGUAGCGACGACGGUCCUUCCAAUUUUCGUGAUUCCAAUGAUGGCGUUCGGUGGAUUCUUCAUAACCUAUGAGUCCAUCCCCAAAUACUUCACUUGGCUAUCGGCUCUUUCUUAUUUCAAGUACGCUUAUGAGGGGCUAGCUAUAAACCAGUGGGAGACCGUUGACGUCAUUCCAGGAUGCUUGAAUCAUACAGCAAAGUAUUUCGAUUGCCCUAAAUCUGGAUCGGAAGUACUAGAAUCGGUACGUUGA